AUGCCUGGUCCGCAUGUUUCUCGCGUCCGGGCUCUGUAUCGGCGCAUCUUGCUAUUACACCGGGUUCUACCCCCAGACCUCAAAGCCCUAGGGGACCAGUACGUGAAGGAUGAAUUUAAGAGACAUAAGAAUGUUGGUUCUGACGAGGCUCAGCGCUUCCUGCAGGAGUGGGAGGUAUAUGCAGCAGUGCUGUGUCAACAAGCUAAUGAAAGCAGACAAAAUUCAACCAAAAAAGCGUGCUUUGGAACUGCCCUCUCAGAAGAAAAACUUAAUGACUUCCGUGAUGAACAAAUUGGACAGUUGAAGGAACUGAUGCAAGAAGCCACUAAACCCAACAGGCAAUUUAGUAUUACGGAACCUACAAAACCAGAAUUUUAG